AUGACCGUGACUUUCGUCACCCCCGUGUCCGGGCAGAUAAGUCAGGUCGAAGAGACCCGGCCAAAGCACGGCGUGACAUCCUUGACGCUCCUGUAA